CUCGCAGCGAACAGAAUGAAGGUGAUUGCUCUGACUCUACUGGUGGCUUUGGUGGCCAGCGCCCAGGCGGGCAAAUUGAGCGACAAGUUCGCCCAUUUGAUACCUGGCUUUGCCACCGGCUUCGUGAUCAAUGGCACCGAGGCGGAGCCGCACUCUGCCCCGUAUAUCGUGUCGCUGGGCACCAAAUUCGAGAAGCAUUCGCACAUCUGUGGCGGCACCAUCAUCAACAAGGUAUGGAUCCUCACUGCCGCCCACUGCAUCUCCAAUCCCGUGGGCAUGAGCGCCAUCGGCGGCCUGCACACCCGCUCCGAAGUCGAUGAGCUCACCCAGCACCGCCAGAUUGACUUUGGCCGCGUCCACGAGUCGUACACGGGCGGCGUGGGACCCUUCGACAUUGCCAUCCUGCACGUGAGCGAGCCCUUCGAGUUCAACGAGUGGGUGCAGCCCGCCGUGCUGCCCACCCGCGAGGAGGUCCAUGAGGGAGAGUCGCACCUGUACGGCUGGGGACAGCCCAAGUCGUAUGUCCUGACCGCCGCCAAGACCCUGCAGACCGUCACCACCGAGCUGGUGAACUACGCACAGUGCGUCGAGGAGCUGCCCGAGAACGCGCCCCUGGCCCCAUCGAACAUCUGCUCCUCGUCCCUGCAGCAGAGCGUGUCCGCCUGCAACGGCGACUCGGGCGGCCCCCUCGUCGUGGAGCACGAGAACGGCCCCUCCGAGCUGGUCGGCAUCGUCUCCUGGGGCUACAUUCCCUGCGGACUGGCCCAGCUGCCAUCGGUCUACACCCGCGUCUCUGCCUACGUCGACUGGAUCCAGGCCAAGCAGGCCGCCUACAACGCUCUCUUCUAGGGGAUAAUCCUUGCAUCUUCCAAUGGAUUCCGCUUCUGGAAUCUAUCAACAAGAUGACUAUACAAUCCAUUGACGUGAUCCAUUGUGAAAUAAAUGCAUUCGUCUAAA